AUGCGAAUAGCGCAGAGCUCCAGUCUGCGAAUGUCUUUUCUUCUGGACGGUUUCCUGCUCGGCGAUGUAUCCAUCCGGCUUCAUGACAAUAAAACCGGAAGGGCAAAAUCCAGAACCCUUUGGCAUUUCACCAAUGGAGAGGGAUUGGGUGUCUGGCAGCCUUUGGUGCUUCCCCUGAAGGAUGUGAUGGAAAGGACAGUUCCUAUACCUAUCCUCAACACAGGUCCUCAGCCCAUCCUCAACACAGUUCCCCUCUCCAUCUUCAGGACAGCUCCUAUACCUAUCCUCAACACAGGUUCUCAACCCGCCCUCAGCACAGGUCUUCUCCCCAUCUUCAGGUUCUGGUUGGAAAUCCGUGCGUCCUGGUCCAAGGACUCAGAUUCCAUCAUUGCAUUUGACAAUGUGUCACUCAGCUUGGGCUGCUACCUAACAAGUAAUAGUGAACUGUCCGCGCAGACGGUGUCGUAUCUUUCAAGCAAUCUUUUAAUGGAGAGCAGCAUCCACCGAAGGAAUGAGACGGGACAUCAGCACCUGGAGGAAGAGUUCACCACGGUCCAACCCGUCAAGCAAGGUUACUGGUUCUUGACAACGUGCGGGGCCAGCGGUCCUCAGGGGCCGAGUCAGAAGCUGUGCGAUGAAGCCUAUGAGAACUUCAGCGUAAUAGUCGGGACGGGAACGCAAAGGGGCGUACAGAUCUGGCGGGUGCCCGAAACCAACCGAUACAGGAUAUCAGGAUACGGAGCAGCUGGCGGAAUGGGAGUGAAAACUCCUACGAGGGCUCACGGCACGGCACUGGUUGGGGUUUUUGAACUACAGAAGGAUGACAUACUAUAUAUAUUGGUUGGCCAACAAGGGGAGGAUGCCUGCCCCCGGGUUGAUCCCAUCCUGAAAAUGGUUUGUAUCGGAGAGAAUAACGUGAUUGAAGAGGAGAUAAGAGUCAAUGGAAGCGUAAACGAAUGGGCAGGAGGAGGCGGUGGAGGGGGAGGAGCUACAUAUAUAUUUAAGCUGGAGAACGGGAAGUACAGCCCACUGCUGAUCGCUGCAGGAGGAGGUGGCAGAGCGUAUAAGGCGAAAGCAAAUAUCAUCCAACCGGAGCGGCUGGAGAGCAAUUUCACCGUGCCGGGCCUGAAUGGAAAAUCCGGGGCGGCAGGUGGGGGAGGUGGAUGGAGUGACCACACAGCCUUUCCAUGGGCAGGAAAGUCACUGGCGGAUGGUGCUACUGGAGGGGAGUCCUGCCCCCAAGCCCUGAAGAAGUGGGGUUGGGAAACUAGAGGUGGUUUCGGAGGAGGGGGCGGCGGAUGCUCCUCCGGAGGUGGUGGCGGAGGAUACAUAGGUGGCAACGCUGUAGAUGAUAAUAGCCCAGAUGCAGAUGGUUGGGAUGGGGUGUCCUAUAUCAGUCCACUCGGUGUCCUCUACACUCCCCCAUUGAAAGUGACGGAGAGCCACGGGGAGGUGGAGAUAAAACUGGAUUUGAAUUGCAGCCACUGUGAGAUGGAUGAAUGUUACAUCGAUUCAGAGUCUCAGGAAUUGAUGUGUCACUGUGAGCUGGGGAGAAUCUUGGCUGAGGAUGGCAUGACCUGUAUAGAUGACCAGAUUCAGUCCGCCCAAGAGACGCACCUUCCCCUUUCUCUGGUAUUGUCCAUCGUGACCUCAGGCCUUGUGGCUGCCCUUAUCUUGGCGUUUUCUGGUAUCAUGAUUGUAUACCGCAGGAAGCACCAGGAACUUCAGGCCAUACAAAUGGAAUUACAAAGUCCAGAUUACAAACUCAGCAAAGUGAGAACAUCCACCAUAAUGACAGACUACAACCCCAACUACUGCUUUGCCGGCAAGAUCACCUCCAUCGGAGACCUAAAAGAGGUUCCUAGGAAACACAUCUCCCUCAUCAGAGGUUUGGGCCACGGGGCUUUCGGAGAAGUGUAUGAAGGUCAGGUGCUGGCCAGUCCCAAUGACCCGGCUCCCCUAAAGGUCGCUGUGAAGACUCUGCCAGAGGUGUGCUCGGAGCAGGAUGAGCUGGAUUUCCUGAUGGAGGCGCUCAUUAUCAGUAAAUUCAACCACCAGAACAUUGUGCGUUGCAUCGGCGUCAGUCUGCAGGCUCUGCCGAGAUUCAUUCUGCUGGAACUUAUGACUGGAGGAGAUCUGAAGUCCUUCCUGCGACAGACACGACCCAGACUGAACCACCCUUCCUCUCUCAAUAUGCUGGACCUGCUCAACGUGGCUCGUGAUAUCGCAAAGGGCUGCCAGUACCUGGAGGAAAACCACUUCAUUCACAGGGACAUUGCAGCAAGGAACUGCCUUCUGACAUGCCAGGGGCCCGGCAGAAUCGCUAAGAUAGGCGACUUCGGAAUGGCCCGUGACAUAUACAGAGCCAGUUACUACAGAAAAGGAGGGUGUGCCAUGCUUCCAGUGAAGUGGAUGCCCCCCGAGGCCUUUAUGGAAGGAAUAUUCACAUCCAAGACUGACACAUGGUCUUUCGGGGUCCUGCUGUGGGAGAUUUUCUCGCUGGGAUACAUGCCAUACCCCAGUAAGAGUAACCAGGAGGUGCUGGAGUUUGUGACUAGCGGAGGAAGGAUGGAUCCACCCAAAAACUGCCCGGGACCUGUCUACCGUAUCAUGACGCAGUGCUGGCAGCACCAGCCAGAAGACCGUCCACCUUUUUCAAUGAUCCUGGAAAGAAUUGACUACUGCACACAGGAUCCUGAUGUUAUAAACACGCCUCUUCCUGUGGAAUACGGACCUUUGGUUGAAGAAGAAGAAAAGGUUCCAACUAGACCAGAAGACCCAGAUGUGAUCCCGCCACUCUUGGUGACCCCUGAAAAACCAGGGAAAGAAGACAAACGCAAGCACCACUCUCCGCCUCCCAUUCCACCCAUUAGAAAAGUCCCCAACAAAGUUCACGCUGAACCAAAAGGGCAUACAGAACCUAGACCAGUCUCGGAAGGCGGACAGGACAACCUGGUCUUUGCUCAAGCUAACCCACCAACGGAGCUUCACAACGCCAGAGGAUCCAGAAACAAACCUACAAAUCUUUGGAAUCCCACGUAUGGUUCGUGGUUUACAGGGAAAGCGGUAGACAAAACCAUUUCUCCUGCUGAGCAACCAGUCCCUGAGAACCAGAACACAGUUAAUGAGGGAAGCUGUCCCAUUGCCCCUAGGGUGACGGCCAGUAGACUUCCAGGCUCCCCUGUUUUACUAGAGCCAUCCACACUGACUUCAAAUGUUCAGGAAGUGCCUCUGUUUAGGCUUCGCCACUUUCCUUGCGGCAAAAUUAAUUAUGGCUAUCAGCAGCAAGGCUUGCCUGUAGAGACACCAGUGGCGCCACCCUGCCCGACGAAACACAAAGACGUUAUUCCUCGGAGCAAGAGUAAUAUAUCCCAGGAGACAGUCUAG